CUACUUCGUAGCUUUUUGCUAUUUGCAAAUACUUCCUCGUUACUUUGUUGCGGAGGGUGGAGGCGGUGACUAGUUGUACAUAGAGUGGCGCUCGUUUGAUUCAUACGCGAUUUGGCGAGCAGCGAGGUGAAUUCGUUUUUUCAGUUACAAUCGAAGUGAGCGCGUUCGCGGUUGUAAACGCAGUGGUCUGGUCAACGUAGUUGUCGUUGUCGUCGUCAUCGUCAUCAAUUUGACUAUCUCGCACUCGUUAUUACUGUGCCAUUUGGUAAUUCGUUUUAUUGUAAUCGUACACAUUGCGCGUCCGCGUUCCUAAUUAAUUGUGCAUUACAAGUGUUAUAGUGUUAUUUACUUUAAUUAUUUAAUAAAUUUGCGUUGAGCCUUUGCAUACGAGCAUACGAGUAUGUUGGGCACACGGGACUCUUUAAAAGUUACUUAAGGAAACAAAAUAAAAAUAUAAAAAAACACGACGCGAACGAUUUUCAUUAACGCGCACUUCUCGUCAACACGCAAAGCUUCGUGUGCAAAGGAGGUGGAAAUAAUGCCAAAAAAACGUUCAAUAUUUGUGUAUUUUUUUUGUCAUUUUUAAGUGAAAAGUGUGUGAAUUCGACAGACGUGCCAAGAACUGCCCCAAAAGUUGAGUUUGUUAAAGUUGGAGUUGUUAAAGUUGAAAGAGGAAAAUCGUGCGAGCCUGCUGGCGGAUACAAUAGAUACAAUAGCGCAGUGGUAUGAAUGGUAAGGUGUUUGGUGGGUGAUAGGCGGUGGAGCCAACAACACAACCGUAGUCGAUAGCAGCGAAAGCAACGUGCUCUUGCAGUGGCGAAUAAAUACUCUCAAUUUUGGUGUGGGGUAUUUUCGAAAUUCGCUCAUUUCAUGCUGAUUACUUGCAUGUGGUGAAUUUGUGUUUUUCAAUAAGUCAAUGCAACAACAAUACACAUGCUACCGUAUCGCUAACAAAACAAGAACCUAUUGUGUGUACGCUCCGUAGCUGAAACUGCAUGGGGCGGUGUGAGCGCUGGCAAGUCAAGUCGAGUCAAGUCAAGCCAGUAAAAGAGCGCGAGUAUCUUAUCGUGUCCGUUGCGUUGCUAAUACCGGCUCUGUGUGUCGUUGCGUAUUUUUUCGUUUCUGCUUUAGUGCAUUGGAAUGCUUUAGCAACUGACAAGAUACUUUUGCAACAACAACAAGUGAUAAUCCCACGAGCGACUAAAAGUUAGUACGAGUGGGUAACAAAAACAAAAUAACGAAUUAGAAAACUCAUUUUGUUGCAGUGAAAUGCUAGUAUAAAGCUAAAUUUAAUAAUAAUAAUAAUAAUAGGAAUAAUAAUAAUAAUAGGAAUAAUAAUAAUAAUAGGAAUAAUAAUAAUAAUAAUAAUAAUAAAGAAAACAACAAUUUUUAGUGUUAUAUUAAAUUUUUUUUGGUGUUUGUGCAAAGUAGUAAGAAUUUGUAGUUUUGUUGUGUUAAAUAGUUUGCUUUGGCGUAAUUACAAAAAAAUUUUAUUGAAACAAAAGCAUAAAGUGAAUUAAAAUUUUUACUCAAAUAGUAAUAAUAAUUUCUAUAAGCUACAUACAUACAUAUGUAUGUAUGUAAAUACAAUCGUGUGUUGAAAAUUAAUAAACUACGGAACUAUACCCCGGGGUUAAAGCGGCGUCAUAUUUGAAGGUUAGAAAUCGUCAGGGCGGAGCUAAUACGAUAAAUUAAUUAAAGUUUUUUCGCGCGAUAUAAGCACCGCAUGUGGAAGACACGACGCCGGCGUCGCGUACAUUGAUUGCCAUACACAGAGUUGCUUAUACAGACAACGUUUUAGUCAUUCGCUAGUUCAUCACAAUUGAGAGCAAUAACUCUCAAGCGGUAUUAAUUAAAUUGUUGCCAUAAAUUGAGGAUUCGCAAGCCAUAAAAGCAAUCCUGGCGAAAAAUAGAAAAAAGUGAUUAAUUUUGUAACCUCCAGUGGCUGUACAUAGAUAUUAAAAAGGCAUUGAAAUAAGUAAACAGAGGAAUACUACGACUUACUAUUUUUAAGCGGAGAAAGUGUGUUUCUUUUUAUUUUCAGGUUCACUUAGCUUGGUUCGGGCACAAAACGUUAUUAAUUAUCAACUUAAGCUGUUUUAAACACACAUACCAACGAAGCAACACAUACACACUCAGAGCUAUAUUUGCAGCAAGCCAGGAAGAAAGCUUAACGCCUGCACUCUUUGUGGCCACAGCAGCAGGCAUUGGCGCGUCAGGAGUACGCUUUUCAACACACGCUGCCACAAAAAGCGGAUAUUUUACAUAACGGCGCUACCUGUUUGUUAAAGAAAACAAAAAUCUCUUGUACAACUACUGUAACCAUACAUCAAUUACCACAACAACAACAACAACAUCAUUUAAAAAAAUUUUUAAGAAAAAAUACAAAAAACAAUAACACUAACAAGAACAGCAUAACCGUCCAUUAGCGCAAGCUGAAAGAGUCCCAGAGUUUUCGCUGUCGAAAGCUAUGAAGCUUUCAAGCGCAUUUUUUGUAAAUAAACGGCAGAGCAACAAAGCAUAAAAACGGCGCGUGAAAAUUUUAAACAGGCAUCGCUCCAAGUGCCAACAGCAGCACUCUAAAUAGACGCAAUUCUACAAAAGAAAACAGCGGAAAAGUUAGCAAAAGCAAAAGCUAAAAUAUUUUUUAUAAAAAGUUUAUUCUGUGUACAUACACACACACAUAUAUUGGCGAUUUUUAUACGGCUUGCGCGCGUUUGGGAAUUUUUACAAGAAGUUGACGAGAUUUAUUAGCCAAGCAUAGCGGUGAUACUAGUACAAAAUGGGUAGGAAAAAAAUACAAAUAUCACGCAUCACCGACGAGCGUAACCGACAGGUUACGUUCAACAAACGCAAAUUCGGCGUCAUGAAGAAGGCCUACGAGUUGUCGGUUUUGUGUGAUUGUGAAAUUGCGCUUAUCAUCUUCUCAUCCAGUAAUAAAUUAUAUCAAUAUGCUAGCACUGAUAUGGACAAGGUCCUGCUCAAAUAUACUGAAUAUAAUGAGCCACACGAGUCACUCACGAAUAAGAAUAUAAUUGAGAAGGAGAAUAAAAAUGGCGUUAUGUCACCAGAUUCACCCGAACAGGAAGCCGAUUUCACACUCACACCCCGCACUGAAGCCAAAUAUAAUAAGAUCGACGAAGACUUUCAGCUGAUGAUACAACGCACUCAAAUGGGCGGAGCGAGCGCAUCCGGACGCAAUCUUGGUAAUACGAAUUACACAUUGCCGGUAUCGGUGCCGGUGCCGGGCGCUUAUGGCGAUGCCAUGCUGCAAGCGAGCCCACAAAUGUCCCACACAAAUAUAAGCCCACGGCCGUCAAGCUCAGAGACCGACUCAGGUGGGAUGUCCCUAAUAAUUUAUCCAUCGGGUUCCAUGUUGGAGAUGUCAAACGGUUAUCCGCAUUCACAUUCGCCGCUUGGUGGAUCACCCAGUCCAGGACCGAGUCCAGGUUUAGCUCACCACCUGUCACACAAGCAACAGUCACCGGGCGGCCAAAAUGGACGCGCUUCCAAUCUACGCCUCGUCUUACCAACACCACUUGCUCAAAAUAUGUCAGCUGCAGAUGAGAUUAGCUACGGCGAUCAGCGACACAAUCAGGCAUCACUCAAUACGCCCGUGGUGACGCUGCAAACGCCCAUACCCAAUAUGUCGGGCUACACAUUUGGGCCGCAAGAUUUCUCUAUGAGUUCCUCCGAUGUUAUGAGUUUACAGCCAUGGACCACACAUCAGGGGCUCGUACAGCAUACGGGACUCCCUCAUUUGGCCGUACCGAAUAGCACACCACCGCCUGCCACCUCGCCCGUCUCGAUCAAAGUCAAAUCCGAGCCACAAUCACCGCCACGCGAUCUCUCCGGUUGCCACCAUCAGCAGAAUAGCAACGGUUCGGCGGGCAGCAGCGGCAGCGGUGGUGGCGGUGGCGGCAGUUCAUCCAACAGCGUCUCUACCGCCAAUGCACUCGCGCUUGCCAAUAUGAAUGCGACGGCGGUGAUAGCGGGCGGCAGCGGCGGCGUCAAUUCGGCGUCCGAGCAGGCUGCCAAUCUGAGUGUACUAAGUCAUCCGCAACAGCAUCUGGUGAUGGGCGGCUCAAGGCCCUCCUCCACGGGACAUUUAACGCCAACGCAAGGAGUGCUAGAUAAAUAUGAAGGAUAUCAAUACCGCUCGCAGCUGGGUGCGAAUUCUAGAGUAUGGAAUUUUGCCGACUUUAUAAUUUUCAAUACAGGUUCGGUUACGCCCACCAAUGUGCCAUCGCCCGACUUGCGGCUAACGGCCAAUCAGCAGGCGCAACAGCAGCAUCAGCAGGCGCAACAGCAACAACAACAGCAGCAGCUGAAUGACUACGAUGGACCGAAUCAGGCGCACAAGCGGCCGCGCAUCUCCGGCGGUUGGCCGCAAUAGCCGGC